ACACACUAACUGCUGCCAGGAUCAAACCACUUCAAGGAGCAGUCAAGAAAAACACUUCUGUGACUGUGAAAAAUUCGGAUGUGAAGUCGAUGGGCAAACAAAGACGGCGGGGAGGAGAUGGAUACAGCGAGUGGGUGGACAGCAGGAGGGGAAUAAGUAAAGGAAUGCAGUGAUAUUGAGUAAGAGAUUGCAGUGAUACUCUAUGAGGCUGUCGUGCAAGGGAGAACGGAGGAAUAUAAAGUCGCUUUCAAUUCAGCCGAGCGUCAUCCACCAGCUGCAGGUGUGGUGUACUGUGGCCGUUAGUUGACAUCCUUUACUGCCUUCUGCCACCUCCGCCUCCAGCACAAUGGCGCACACUACCGCGAUGAUGCAGAGGAAAGUAGUUAUAUUUAUCAGCCUCCUCAUGUGUUUUCUCGGUGCCUCCCUCCUCUCCGCAGCCUUUGGCACCGAGUAUUGGUUUGUGUCUGACUCGAAAUGGUCUUACACCGGAGAGGUCUCUGGUAGCGUAAACUUUGGUCUCUUCAAAGGAAAAAAUGCAUUCAUGGUCAACGAGCAUCGGAUGCACACAAUUUACGUCGUGUGUCUGAAAGACUACUGUAUGUAUAGCUGCGCAGACACCAAAGAACACCGUGAGGAACAGUUACAGAUGUUACUGGACAAAGAGGAGAAUGGCCUGCUGGAGCACUGCGAGAGGAAAUCAGCAAGUCGAUCAGCAAAGAUGAUCCAUCCGACACAAGUUCAACUAAUGCAAGGCGUUGAUAAUGUGAGAAAGAGUAAUUUAUGGAGCCUAUUCUCCCCGCCGUUCAGUCCUCUGGGUCAGGUGGCCUAUAAACUUGAGAGUGAGCAUGUAGAGCGUGAUGACUUUGUCGAAGAGUCGGAGGCGACAGAUGCACCAGUGAACUCAAGCACCCUUGACCCUGGCACUGGCAACACUACGAGUGGACCGGAAAAUUUGGAGUACAUGGACUAUGGCCUGUGGGUGGGGACAAUCGCGUGCCUGAGUGCCGGGCUGUUGAUGGCCGUGGUGGGCGCCCUCUUCGCCAUCGUCAACACCGCCACCACGCCUGUCGAGGCCAUUACGGGGAUUCCUGGCCUCUACCUCUGGAACGGCCUCGCAGCUCUCUGCGACAUGUUGACGGUCAUUCUGUGGGCAGUGCAGUUCCAUAAACAUCUCACUGACAACGUUCUCCUCUACGACGCCAACGACGGAUGGACCACUAAAGGCAUGGAAGUCUUUGGUUACUCUUUCUGGUUGGUUGUGGUCGCCAUCUUCGUCCAUAUCGCCAACAUUGUCAUCAUCUCUAUUGGCACUUGGGAACCCAAGAAGAAGGAUCACCUACAGGCGCCAGAAUCUAAGGGAGGCAACAUAAUGCUCUACUAAGGAGGUUGAAUCUUAUCUCACCUCAUCCAGUCCAGUUCCUCCGUCUCCGGUCCUUCUCUCCCUUCUUCCUUGCCCUAACUCCCGUCAUGUGUUGCCUCUUCUACAACCGUGCAGAUGGGGAGUAAGACGCCACGCAUCGCUCUGAUGACUGCAGUAAACAAAGACUCCAAGACAAGACUCUACUGAGGGAACAAAGGCGUGUGAGGCGUGAGUGGAUGAAGUGUGCUUAAGUGUGUUGUGAGUCGCCCUUGGAAAGGCUUGGAAGUCUGUUUGUGCUUGGAAACGCAAGAAAAACAAUGAAAAGAAAAAAGUAACGCAAAAGGAAAAUGUGUUAGGAAGAUAUAUGAAGAAAUGGAGAUAAAUUUAAUCUAAUGUAUUCGCCACUAUUGUAGUUACGAGGUCAUGAAUAUUUAAACUUCCUAUUAUGCAGUGGACAGAUGAAAGGGAGGGAAGCUAUACCCUCUAGAUAAUGUACAUUUUUAGACCCAUCGGCGCUCAGAAAAAGUAAGCGAGCGAUCACCAUUCACGUCGAGUGUUAUUCUCUAAACAUCAAGCCAGCACGUGGAGCGAACCCUCAGAUCAUUGAUAUUACAACCACUACUCUAAAAUAUUGUCGAGCUAUUGCACAGCUCAGUGUUUUCACUAUUACAGUUUUUAAGGAGGGACAACAUAGGGCAAUAUAUGUAUAGCUGUGUGUGUGUGUGUGUGUGUGUGUAGAGAGAGAGAGAGAGAGAGAGAGAGAGAGAGAGAGAGAGAGAGAGAGAGAGAGAGAGAGAGAGAGAGAGAGAGAGAGAGAGAGAAAUACAAUCCCAGCAGCUUCUUACUGAAAUUCUUCGUUGAGAGAGAGAGAGAGAGAGAGAGAGAGAGAGAGAGAGAGAGAGAGAGAGAGAGAGAGAGAGAGAGAAAGUUCCUGAAAAAAAAAAGUACUAACAGAUGAGUGAGUGGCCCGGAGGUGUCAAAGGAUUUAAGAAAAGUUAUAUUUGUGAGGCAAACUUUGACGUGCGUCUCACCGAAGAGGAUCUGCGUCUUCCUUUUGUCUGGUACUCGGCAGUCAUUUGGCCCAAGAGCUCAGUUGAUUUGUGACCUUUCCUUUUAUCGUAGCUAUUGGAACCUCUCACUUCUUGUUUUCUCUCUCUCUCUCUCUCUCUCUCUCUCUCUCUCUCUCUCUCUCUCUCUCUCUCUCUCUCUCUCUCUCUCUCUCUCUCUCUCUCCCCACUCUUUUAUCCUUUGUUUUUUCCACUCUUCUCUGCUGAACUUUUAUUUCUCUUAAAAGAAAGAAGAAAAGAAAAAAAACUGGAAGGGAAGGCACUUUGAAUUCUCCCCGCCUGUUUUCUUGUCUAACUUUCUCCGUCUUAAGGAAGAGCUGCUGAAGAAUUCCAACUGGUCUUAAUUUUUAUCAAUAUUAUUUUCGUUUCUGUAACGGAAUUUUAACACUGACCUCAAACAUCACCCACAUACUCUCACUCAAGUACUAACUUUAUAUUACAAACCAGGAAACGUAUUGCCUUUUAAGCAUUUAUAACUGAGGUCUGUUGCAGAAUAUAAAAUGACGAAGGUGUUAAGAAUAGAAGAUGCAUCACUGAGGAGGAAGAGGAGGCGUAGAUGAGUGCCUGCCGAGAGAAACAGAACGACACUGAAGGAGACAUAAUUCGGGAAAAAAAAAUGGAGAAAAAAAUAUCUUACUACUCGUUUGUUAGGUUAUUUAAUUAAGGAAUAAAAAAUACUGCAACUAAAGUAUGACAGAGAGAGAGAGAGAGAGAGAGAGAGAGAGAGAGAGAGAGAGAGAGAGAGAGAGAGAGAGAGAGAGAGAGAGAGAGAGAGAGAGAGAGAUUACUGUACUACCAGUAUUGCAAAUCUAUAGUAGACUAGGUCCACAUUCAUUUCACUCAUCACUUGCUCAAGGAUGGACUGUGGACUGACCGCUACUUAGACAGACCGACUGACUCGCUAAGGUGUAGGCAAACCAGUGCCAGUCUUGCGUGCCCCACUCACGGCGGCACGGUUGAAACAGUAAAUGUUAGUUACGGCAAGGUACGAAAACAAUCAGUUAUACCUGCGAGGCAAAACCUAACCUGGUAAGUGGAUGGAUGAAUGAAAUGUGGCGACAAACAAGAAUAGUCCAGUGAAUGAAAAGGAAAACGUAAAACAGUAAUUCACCUCAAAAUUAUGUCUCGGAAAGUAGGAUUAAAAAAAUUAACCGCGGAAGGAAUGGAUUGAAAAUAUGUAAAAGAUAAUACAGCUAUGAAUUUUUAUAAUUUAAUUUUAUUGCCAUUCCAUGCAAAGCCUAUCAUUCAUUGAGUUAAUGCUUCUGGUUAUUGUCCCUAAACAUCCAGAAUACAAAGUGUCUCUUCCACCUACGCAUUAUGAAUACUACAUAGUAAUGUGUGUGUGUGUGUGUGUGUGUGUGUGUGUGUGUGUGUGUGUGUGUGUGUGUGUGCGUGCUUUGUACAUGCACACAUCUUACAUGCACAUAUACAUGCACACAUCUUUGAAGACCACCGGAUGACACGUACACACGAUAAGUUUACUAAACAUUUUCCUCUUUGCAACGUAGCAUGUAUAUUGACGUCAUGUUUCAUAUCGUCACAUUUUUGUGGUAAAGAAAAGGUUAGAGAGAGAGAGAGAGAGAGAGAGAGAGAGAGAGAGAGAGAGAGAGAGAGAGAGAGAGAGAGAGAGAGUAAUACAGAAAACUUUAAUUCUGUACAAGUUUAAUUAACAUCACGUAUCUGACUAGAAAGCAGAAUUGAAGCGAGGACGAGGGGCUGUGAUGGUGGUGGUGGCGGCGGUGGAAGUGGUUGGAAACUUGGUGGUACCACGACCCUCCUUCACCUUCCCUCAUUUCGGUCCCCCUUGGCGUAUCUCGUGUAAAUAGUGCCGAGCUGCCCACAGGCCCAGGCACGUGAGCUGAAAUCAGUGUUAAUACUGUAUUGUGGGGUCUCAGCAUUUUAUCUAUAAAUAUUUCUUUGACAGGGAAAUCCCAUUUAUUUGUUUCAUAUAUUGAUUUUCUCUGUAAUCUAAUAUUAAGGUUUUAAUAUUUAAGCUGUUACUAGUGUAUGAAUAUACUAUUAUGAAUUUGAA